GUCAAUCACGAGGGGAGACUCCAAACAGUGAGCCUUGAGCUGGAGAGCAGCGUUUACCGGCGGGGCGGCCGGUUUGGUGAAUGAAACAAUGGCUACAGAUUCCCCCAGAAGACCCAGUCGCUGUACUGGUGGUGUUGUGGUUCGCCCCCAGGCUGUCACGGAGCAGUCUUACAUGGAAAGCGUUGUGACUUUUCUGCAGGAUGUUGUGCCUCAGGCUUACAGUGGAACACCUCUAACAGAAGAAAAGGAGAAGAUAGUCUGGGUCAGAUUUGAAAAUGCAGAUUUAAAUGAUACAUCAAGAAAUCUGGAAUUUCAUGAAAUACACAGCACAGGGAAUGAGCCGCCCUUGCUGAUUAUGAUUGGCUACAGUGAUGGAAUGCAGGUCUGGAGCAUCCCUAUCAGUGGGGAAGCACAGGAACUCUUUUCUGUUCGACAUGGCCCAAUUCGAGCCGCUAGAAUCUUGCCUGCUCCACAGUUUGGUGCUCAAAAGUGUGACAACUUUGCUGAAAAAAGGCCCCUCCUUGGUGUUUGUAAGAGCACUGGAUCUUCUGGGACAAGUCCACCGUACUGUUGUGUGGAUCUCUAUUCACUUCGUACUGGGGAGAUGGUCAAGUCCAUUCAGUUUAAAACACCUAUCUAUGAUCUCCAUUGCAAUAAAAGGAUCCUUGUCGUAGUAUUGCAGGAGAAAAUUGCUGCCUUUGAUAGCUGUACUUUCACGAAAAAAUUUUUUUGUCACAAGCUGCUACCCUUGUCCCGGGCCCAACAUGAAUCCUAUUGCUCUUGGCAGCCGCUGGCUUGCUUAUGCAGAAAACAAGUUGAUUCGGUGUCAUCAGUCCCGUGGUGGAGCCUGUGGAGACAACAUUCAGUCUUAUACUGCCACGGUCAUUAGUGCUGCUAAAACAUUGAAAACUGGCCUGACAAUGGUUGGGAAAGUGGUGACUCAGCUGACAGGCACACUCCCUUCAGGUGUGACAGAAGACGAUGUUGCCAUUCAUAGUAAUUCAAGACGGAGUCCCCUGGUCCCAGGAAUCAUCACUGUAAUCGACACUGAAACAGUUGGAGAGGGCCAGGUGCUCCUGAGCGAGGAUUCUGACAGUGAUGGUAUUGUGGCCCACUUCCCUGCUCAUGAAAAACCAGUGUGCUGUAUGGCCUUUAAUACAAGUGGAAUGCUUCUAGUCACAACAGAUACCCUGGGCCAUGAUUUUCAUGUCUUCCAAAUUUUGACUCAUCCUUGGUCCUCAUCACAAAGUGCUGUCCAUCAUCUGUAUACUCUUCACAGGGGAGAAACAGAAGCCAAAGUACAGGACAUAUGCUUCAGCCAUGACUGUCGCUGGGUCGUGGUCAGUACACUCCGGGGGACUUCCCACGUUUUCCCAAUCAACCCUUAUGGUGGCCAGCCUUGUGUUCGAACACACAUGUCACCACGAGUCGUGAAUCGGAUGAGCCGUUUCCAGAAGAGUGCUGGGCUGGAAGAGAUCGAACAAGAACUAACGUCUAAGCAAGGAGGUCGCUGUAGCCCUGUCCCAGGUCUAUCGAGUAGUCCUUCUGGGUCACCUCUGCAUGCUUCAAUCAACACCUUGUUCCUGCGCCUGAAUUGCUUUCCGCUUAUUUCUUCAGGGAAACUCAACAGCCAAGACUCCUACAAUAAUUUUGCCAACAACAACCCUGGCAACCCUCGGCUCUCCCCUCUCCCCAGCUUGAUGGUUUUGAUGCCUCUUGCACAGAUCAAGCAGCCAGUGACACUGGGGACCAUCACCAAAAGAACAGGGCCUUAUCUGUUUGGAGCGGGGUGUUUUUCCAUAAAAGCUCCAUGCAAAGUUAAACCACCUCCACAAAUUUCACCCAGCAAAUCAAUGGGCGGAGAAUUUUGCGUGGCUGCAACGUUUGGGACAUCCCGAUCGUGGUUUGCAAAUAAUGCAGGCCUGAAAAGGGAAAAAGAUCAGUCCAAACAAGUUGUCGUUGAAUCCCUCUACAUCAUUAGCUGCUAUGGGACCUUAGUGGAGCACGUGAUGGAGCCACGGCCGCUCAGCACUGCCCCCAAGAUCAGCGAUGACACCCCACUGGAAAUGGUGACGUCUCCUCGAGCCAGCUGGACUCUGGUUAGAACUCCUCAAUGGAAUGAAUUGCAGCCACCAUUUAACGCAAACCACCCUCUGCUCCUCGCUGCAGAUGCAGUGCAGUAUUAUCAGUUCCUGCUUGCUGGCCGUCUUUUCAGUAGACAAACAGUAGCAAGUUCCAAAGAUGUGAGAAAAAGACAUGGGGAGAAAAAAAUGGUUCCCCCUGGAAGCCCUGGGCCCAUUACUCGGCAUGGGUCCUAUGACAGUUUAGCAUCUGACCACAGUGGACAGGAGGAUGAAGAAUGGCUGUCUCAGGUAGAAAUUGUAACGCACACCGGACCCCACAGACGUCUAUGGAUGGGUCCACAGUUCCAGUUCAAAACCAUCCAUCCCUCAGGCCAAACCACAGUCAUAUCAUCCAGUUCAUCUGUGCUGCAGUCUCAUGGUCCAAGUGAUGCUCCACAGCCCCUUUCAGAUUUUGAUACGGAUGAUCUUGAUCUCAACAGUCUCAGGAUCCAGCCGGUCCGCUCUGACCCAGUCAGCAUGCCAGGGUCAUCCCGUCCAGUCUCUGACCGAAGGGGAAUUUCCACCGUGAUUGAUGCUGCCUCAGGUACCUUUGACCGGAGCGUGACCCUGCUGGAGGUGUGCGGGAGCUGGCCCGAGGGCUUUGGGCUGCGACACAUGUCCUCCAUGGAGCACACGGAAGAGGGCCUGCGGGAGCGGCUGGCGGAUGCCAUGGCCGAGUCACCGAGCCGGGACGUUGUGGGAUCCGGGACAGGUACAGACACAGCCCUUGAUGUAGCAGUAAAAGCCACCACCCCUGAGAGACACAUGGCUGUGAAGUGUGUUGGGAAAAAAAAAGGAAAAAAAAAACAAUGCCAACAGCCCAGCGUCCGUGAGCAACCCAACAGUAACAAAGCGAGUGUUCGGGAUGGAGGAAGAACUACAGCGAGAGGGAAGCAUCGAGACCCUGAGUAACAGCUCCGGCUCCACCAGCGGCAGCAUCCCGAGAAACUUUGAUGGCUACCGAUCUCCACUGCCCACCAACGAGAGUCAGCCCCUCAGCCUCUUCCCUACCGGCUUCCCGUAGGUACCAGCAACCUGCUUCUGACUGGCCGGCCCACUCACCUGCUGGCGGGAAGGGGAGAAGCCCCCUCUGGUCCUACCCUUCAGUCUCCGCUCCUCGUUUACCGCCCACCUUCCCCAAGCCUAGUGACAACAGCACCCACCCUCCCUGGAUUGAGAAGAGACCUUUCUCCGAAGCACCUCGGCGCAAUCUGACCUCUGCCCCCUCCCCAUCAGCAGGGCUGUGGCUAAGAGAGACUCCGCAGAAGCUCCGUCCCCUCCUCCAUUGGCACACCAUAUCCUGCAUUGGAUCCGCUUUUGUAUUUUCUAACCAAACCCUUGGGGGGGCCUGGGUGGGGAGAGGGUGGAUGGCCUGGCGGGCACCUUGGUCCUGAGUGGACAGCCCCAGUCCACUCCUGGCUUUGACACAUGCCGCCCAGCUUCCCUUGGCCAACCUCCCCUCUGGCACGGGGUGAACUGAGGCCCAGAGUGUUAGGGAAGAAGGAAGGAGGGAGAAGCCCCCUUCCUCUUUUCUUUCCCCUUUGGCUCAUGGAAAGGAUUUGUCUUUCUUGUCUGUAAGCCCUUUUACCCUGGCCCUGUACCGUUCAGUGGAGGAAACCGUGGUUACCAAGGCCCUGUCAAAAAGUGCACGUCUUGUCCAAUAAAUCACGCUGCAAUUGGUGUCCAUCCCUGA